AUGGCCACGAAGCUCUCCCCGGCGCUCAAGGCGCUCAUCAACGCGCCCGCCGCCCGCCCGGGCCCUUGCCCGGCACCGCCCGGAAUCCGCGCCGUCUACGCGCGCAUCGCCCACGACGCCGCCUCGCGCAACCUCGGCCCCCGGCCCUGGGUCGUCCUCUCCGCCGCCGCCACGUUCACGCUCAACUCACCCGACUCCCUCCCCGCCCUGCACUCCCUCGCCUCCGCCUCCUCCUCCUCCUCCUCCUCACUACCUCCCGUCGCCGCCGCCGAGCUCAUCCGCGAAGUCGGCCUCAAGUGCAUCUCCUUCAACGGCAUCCCGCGCACCAUCAACUGCCUCAACGCAUUCCGCUCUUCCCUCCCGCCCUCCGUGACCUCCGACUUAGGCACCGCCCCGUCCCGGACCCCCUCCCCUGCGGCCUUGGACGCCACGACCGCACGCGGCCGUGCGCUCUGGGACUCCAUAUACGCGCCAUUCGAGACCAAACUGUACGAGAAGCUGGCGCUCGCACACCCGGACUUGCCGGUGCACAUCCUCCACAGCCACUACGCGGCGCUGCUAUCCGAUCCCCCCAGCCACCCGGGCGGGCUGGGGAGGGUGCUGACGAGCGUGGUGGCGGUGGCGUGCCUGCGCGCGCAGACGGGCGUAGGGCCGCAGGUGCUGUCGCACGUGUUCGGCCUGCGCAAGGCGUUUAGUGACGGGACGUACGAGCAGGACGGGAUGCAGGGCGAGGAGCUGGAGGGCGCGAGGUGGUUGGCGGGGGAUGAAGGCUGCGAGUGGCUGCUAAAGUCGGUGGACGACAUCGCGGCGGCGCUGGGCGGGAGCAACUUUGCGCAGGCGUCGAAGCUGUAG